AAUCGCGACAGUUGUGAAGAAAGCACAAUGCCGUCGGUAGCUGAAGAGCCUAGACCUCUGCAGAGGAAGAUGCUGCACAGACCAUGUCUAUCUCGGACCGCCAUCACGGUGUUUGUGAUGCUGGUCACGAUGGCAGUCCUCUGCCAGGGAGCUAAAGGAGAGGUACGGAUUAGACCAGAGAACCAGACUGUCGUGGUGGAUGAGAAGGCAGUGUUCUUCUGCCAGGUCUUAGGAGAGAAAGGACAGAUCUGGUUCAACAAAAAUUCCAUCACUGACAAUCCUAUAACAUGGCCAGCAGAUGUCCACCCAAGAUUUGUACUAUUGCCAGUAGAGCAGGACAAUUUGGGUAUCACUAAUAUCACUCUGACCGUAAAUGCUUCAGUUCAACGCAACAACUCUGAGGUGAUUUGCACUGAUCAGCUCCUUGGUAUGACCAGAGGGUCAUACGCAUACCUCACAAUUCAAGGAGGACCAGGGGAGCCAGAGGUGGGGUAUGAGGUUGACCGAGAUGAGAAAGAGAUUGUGCUGUCCUGGCCACACCCCUUCACCUGGGAGGACUACCCCCUCACUGGAUAUGAUAUUGUGUGCAGAGGGACUGAGUCAGAGAAGAUUGUUCAUGACAUGACACUCAAUGAUACUGACAUCCUAAAUGAACCAGUUGUCAGUCACACUGUGGAUCUACCUCCACAUAUCCCAGACUGCUACACUCUCCAGUGUACCGUGACAGCCUCUAAUGCUCUAGACCAGAGCAACAUUUCCAUCACUGACAUCUAUUUCCCUAAGAAGCUUAUGGAAGGUCGUACAAAUCUCUCUGUGACAUUAAGGCCACUUCGAUUCACCUCCACUUCAAAGCCAGAAGCAGUAUUCUGUGUGAAGCUCCCAGUGUUGUGUGUGUUCCAGAGAGUGAGGUACAGAGUUGUCAUCUCUCAUGGAGGAGACACAGUCCUAGAGCUGACCAGAGAGUUCAACUACAGUGAGGAUGACCCCAGUGAUUGUAUUGAGGAGAUAGUAAGUGGAGAGCUGGAGGAGGGAACUGAGUACGAGGUCCAGGUGUUUCUCUAUGCUGGAGAGAGUGGAAACUUCUCUACCAACAAGACAACCUUCAAGCCAGUGCUGCAGCUGGGAUUACAGAAUGAGGACGAGGAGUUCUUUCAGACUCUGACUGGGAAGAUUGUGGCUGUAGGGGUGGGAACCCUGCUCGUUAUCAUCAUACUAAUCCUCAUCACCAUCAUAUUCAUUUCCUGCAAGAGAGGGAGACGGUUUAGACAUGUGGCCAGAGCACCUAUCAAGAGAACUCCAACUUCAAUGGUAGACAACCCAAUCUACAUCGGAGAUUCCCACAGCCCAUACUACGAGCAGGUGCCUCCUCUCCCCAAGAGACUCAACUCCACCUCGUCCCACACCGACCUCGACUCCCCCGGCCAGCGUAUCCCCUCCCCCACACACUCUGCCAUCACCUCUGCCUCCACACACCCACUCUACAGAAACGGGGGUGUCCCUGGUUCUCCCACCUCCACCUACUCCAGUAACCUCUUCUCCUGGCCCUAUGCUGUCGCCCGACAGACAAGUGCUGCUUCUUUCGAGGCUAUUCAGGCUGAUGUUGAGAGUCAGAUGGCAGUUAAUCAAGCUUUUCCAUCGUGCACACCAGGGGAAGACAGCUACAUGACCAUGCACUCGGCUGCCAACAACCUCAAGAACGUUAAUGAGCAGAAUACUCAGGGGCAGCCUCGUUAUGCCAUCGACAUCCAUGGCAACCGGUACAUUGAAUGUUAAUUAUGAGACAGUAAAAUAAUGAGUGCCUCUUGUGAUCGACAAACUGAGUGUGUGUUCAAUAACAAAUAUUUGUGUGAGCAACUUUUUGCAAAUUCGAAUCAAUAUUUACAGUCAUACACAUGACAUUAUAGCUAACGAGGAAAAUUGUGUUCUUGACAGAAUAUUUACAACCGUUCACAUGUUGAAUAACAACGAAGCGUUACAUGCAAGCAUAAAAAUGAUUUGCGAACAAAAAUAAACAAUUAAGAUGAAGUUCAAGCCACACAAGUGCGUUUGGCCGCAAGAGAGUAAUACGGCGGCCACUAAUUGACAGGGAAUCCUCUGGUUUACCCAUUGAAGAGUGCCCAAUUAGCGUGUGUGUGUUAGGAAUCUCCUGGCCAGAAGCCGCACAUGAUAUCAAACAGGUUGUGGGAUUAGAGCUGUUUCGGAGCUCAUAUCCUGAGGUUUAGUGAGUAAAUAUCUGGUCAAUUGUGGAGGUGAAGUGGAGUAAAUGUCAGUUGAAUGGUGAAAGGUAAGAGUUCCUGUCUAGACAGACGGUCUUGUGAGAAAGUAGGUCUAUUUUUGCUGGAGGACUGCUCUCUCCAGCUCAUCCAGGUCCACCUCGAUGCAGGUGUGACACUGCUCCUGGAGGUCCCCUCUGGGAGGCAGGGGUGGACCUGACAGGUCUUCGCAGUAGGCAGCUCCACUGUCUCUGGAACUAGCUCCAGAUGAACUGGCUGCUCUUGCACUGGCCCGGGAUGGUCUUUGGAACUGGGGAGUGGCGGGCAUACCAAGCUCAGUGUAUUCAUUCUCUCUUCUCUCCUCCUGUCCACUUAGACUGGGACCACUUGUAGUGCUGUCGUUUACUCCACUUGUGGUGUUGCUGCUUGCUGCACUUGUUGUGUUAUUGUUGUUUGUUGUUAUCCUGAUGUUGUUUGCUGCACUUCUGGUGUUGUUGUUUACUGCAAUCCCAGUGCUGUUAGUAUUUCUGCUGGUAGGAGCUCCGGAGCUGUUGUCACUCAAUGUUCUUGAGGCACUGCUGGAUGCAGGAGUCGUGCGAACGGGAGUGAGUUCAGCGUAGUUUGGCUCAGGCUCAGGCUGAACCGGCAAGGAUAUCUGAAUGUCUGACCUCCUCCUUCUCUUGUGCUUGCGUUUGCGGCGACAUCGACUGGUCCCUCGGGAAAUGGUGACUGCACACAUUGUUCCAAACACACAGCCCACCACAAAACAGACGCCGGCUGCAGCAGCCAUCAGCGGGACUCGCUGCACCAGUCUCUCCGUCACUACAGGAAGAUGAGUGCAAUAGGGGCGGAUGAAUGAGAUAAUGACCUAGGAGUCAGUGUCCUAAUUGAGUUACCCUGCCCACCUCUAGUGGUAAAGUGCCUCUAGCAUUCGACCGGACGAACAUUGCUACUAGGGCUG